CCCAGCUUCCCCGCUCCCGGCGGCUGCCGUGGUGAAGAUACUGGGCGUAACGUAUAACGCGAUGGGAAUCUCACCCGAGAUGUGGACCCGCCUUGCGCGCGACAUCACGGCAAGUGUGGAUCGUGCCCGCGACUACGCUCUCCCCAUGGCCGAGCGCCGGUAUAUGGCCCACUCGGUGUUCUGCGGGCGCCUCUGGUACCUAGCGCAGGUGGUAGUACCGCCGCGUAGCUUCACCAGGCAAGUGCGAAGUUCCUUGUUCAGGUUCUUCUGGAUGAAUAAAACCGAGCUCGUCACCCGUCAGGUGCUCUCCCUCCCACGCGAGAAGGGAGGAUGGGGCUUCCCCUGCGUGGAUGGCACGCCCGCGCUACUCCAGCUGAAGACCAUGCUCAUGAUCCUACACGAGGCUGAGAACCCGGCCAGAUCUCUCGCUCUCUACUUCGUGGGGCACUCCCGCCGAGACCUGGGUGUCGACCUCACCGGCCCGUCGGGUGCCUGUGCUGAGACACCGCCGCCGGCUUACUGGAAGGCGCUUCAGCUGUAUCGCCGCCUCGUGGAGCAGGCGCCUCAACUGGACAUCACGACAACACCAGCGUCACGCCUCGCCCAGGCCCUGUUGGAACCACAGCUCACUCCCGUGCAGAUUGGACUCUCGGAUUCGUUCCCAUGGGUCCGCCUCACAUCCUCCAACCUUCCAGGACACCUUCGAGACUUCGAGUGGCAGCGAGGCUGGGGAGUGCUUCCCACACGAGACCGGCUACUUCGGUGGGGCGUGUGUCGCACCGAUCAGUGCCCGAACUGCGACGCCCGAGAGACGAACGUGCAUGUUGUGUCGGAGUGUGUGGUGACGCGCCCGUUCUGGCGGGUCGUUCGCUCUAGCUUUCGGGGGCUGGGCGUGGCACUUUACCUCCUGCGCGGACGAUGUCCUUCGGGGCUCUUCGCGUGCCUUCUGCUCGCCGCGAGCGAGUACGUCCUGUGGCGAAACCGGUGCUGCGCCGUGGGACAGGGACGGAGGCUGCGCGCGCUCUGGCCGCUUCUGUUCAGGCUACGGCGGGAGCUCGUGUCCCACCUCGUGGCGCAACUGUUCCUCCUCGGAGAGGAGGAGUUCCUGCGGCGCUGGUCCUGCCGAUACCUACACGUGCACAACUCUCGCAUUGAACUCCGUUUUCAAUAUGUUGAUCAUAUCUAGACCGCGUUAGGCGGAGAAAGGGGGAACGGGACGACGAUGCGGCCCUCUCUUUGAGGCGUCGCAGGGUCGGGACGUGCGAGCACAGUACCGGUUGGGGGGCCUCUUUGCGCGAGUGAUCGCGCGGACGGGCGCUUUGCCGAGCGGUGGGUGCGUGCCCGCGCCUUAGGCACGGGGUUGGCUAGCUUGAAAGACUAUAUACUGUACAUAGCGCGUUCUCGGGUUUUGGUUUUGUUAUGGGCAUGACACCACUGUUGUAAAUAAAGUUUUC